CAAUGGUUCACCUUGCAUCGCGGGGCCUCAAGCAUUCCACCGAAAUGAAUGACAGCGAGGUCGUCACGCCUCGCGUAGAGAUGUGACUAAAGUUAACUGCAAUGCAGGAUGAGGCGGCAAGAGACUCGAUGUUCGAGUGAUGCAUGCGCUGCAGCGCCGACCUAGGCCCCUUGUUGCGGGAGUGAGGAGCCAGGCUCAAGCAGCGAGGCCAAUUAAGGUCAAGAGCAGUCACGAAGCUGCGGCAUGUUGUUCCUUGAUUGCCACACAAAUCGAUCGUAUACUCAUCUCAUGCGCAAUCACCUUUGCCACUUUACCGCCAUCGUCUUCCAUACAGCAGUGGUACAGUGUCGAGGCAAACUCGCAAGAUGAUGCUGCUGCUGACGUGGUCGUCAAUUUGGACAAUGUUGCCCAAGCCGAAGAGAUGGCCGGAUGCUGGUCAGGCGCAUCAAUGGCUGCGAUCGGACCUGCUAUGCCGCGGAGAGAGGAGUUCAGGGUGACGGUCUAUCGAAGCAAAAGCGACCGACCAGGUUGUACCUGCACCCACCUGUAGACACGCUCGACCCUGUGCGCGAUCCCAAAGGCUGCGAGGAUCAGGACAGGCUGAUGCGAAGACAGCGGCAGAGAAAGGGAUUGUUCGAGUGCCCAGCGCUUGCUCGCUUACCGCCGCCACAACGCCAGCCUCGCUGGUUGCCGCUCUCACGAGGCGCCAAUCAUGACCGGCACACCUCGAGCAUGAAGCUUCCAAAACGCACCACAUCUUGCUCGAUCAGUUUGUACAUCCGACAUUUGCCCAGCAAGAUCAUCCACAGUCGGACGCAACAUCUUGCUCCCUGGACGUCAGGGCGUAGUGCUGCACCAACGAGCAGGCUGACUUGCCCUUUCUCUUCGCCGGCCCCCAGAGCUCAAACGCUUUUUGACAGGACACUUGCCCGCCAUCACGUUUCGAGAACCAUAUGGCAGCGAGCCCAGAUGUGAGCGUGAAGGACGAGUGCGCCUUGACAUCCAUCAGCUUCUUGCUAUUCGACAAAGACAGACUGUUUGCUUCUCCUGAGCUGCAGCUCAUGCUCACCUCACCUCUGAUUUUCCUGUGCUCACUCUCUGCCGGCAACGACAUCAACCCAUGACCCAUGUUCUCUCUAAUAUCCGGUCUGCUCUUCUUCACGCAGCGUUCGUCAACUUGCACUACGCCCCCGCCACUUCCAAAGGCUCUCGACAGACUUGAGCCAGAAAGUCCCGCUCCAAUGCCUGGACCAGGCGCAAAGAGCCCGAGG